CGCGCGGCAAAUGGAGUCGGUGCUAGCGGAGCUGCUGCUAUCGCAGGACCGGGACCCCCGGGCCGCGCUGGCGGCGCUGUGCCGCGGGGAGGCGUCCGCGGAGCGCGUGGAGACGCUACGCUUCCUCCUGCAGCGGCUGGAGGAGCAGGGCAGCGGCGCGCUCCCCGAGGCGGCGGCGCGGGAGGUGGCGGCGGGGUUCCUGGUGCCGCUGCUGCGCGGGCGCGCGGGCGGCCCCGACGGCCCCGGGCCGCGCCGGCGCGUGCUGCGGGCGGCGGGCGCGGCGCUGCGCUCGUGCGCGCGGCUGGCGGGGACCCCGCCGCUGGCCGCCGCGCUGGCCGAGGAGGCGCUGCGGGAGCUGCGCGCGGGGCGCGGCGCCGAGGCGGCCCUGGAGGUGCUGGCGGCCGUCGGGCCCUGCCUGCGGCCGCACGAGGACGGGCCGCUGCUGGAGCGCGUGGCGCGCGCCGCCGCCGCGCCGGCACUGGCCGGGGACACGCGCCCCGAGGCCGCGGCGGCCGCGCGGCUGCUGGCGGCGCUGGGCCAGGGCGGCGGCGCCGCGCUGCAGGCCGUGUGGGGCGCGCUGGCCGCCGCGGGGCCGCCCCCGGGGCCCGAGCGCCUGGGCCCGGAGCUGCAGGUGCUGAGCGCGCUGGCCGAGCAGCUGCUGCCCGAGCCCGGCGCCCGCCACGCGGGGCCCGACGCACGGUGCUGCGGCCGCUUCUGGAAAACCGUGCGGGACGGACUGGGUCGCGCCGAGGACGCUCUGGCGCGCAGGCGCGCGCGCUUCCUGUUGCGGCGCGCGGUGGAGGUCUCCGCUGCGCCCGGCGCCUCCGACUGCGCCUGCGCCUGCGCCGACCCGGCAGGACCUGGCCCGAGUCUAUUUUGGUGGUCUGAGAAGAAAAAUGACCAGCUUCUAAAAUUCUGGGAAACUUACAUUUUAAUUAUGGAAACUCUGGAAGGAAAUCAGAUACAUGUUAUAAAGCCAGUCUUACCAAAGCUAAACAAUCUGUUUGAAUAUGCAGUGUCAGAAGAGAAUGGCUGUUGGCGCUUCCACCCUUCCUGGCACAUGUGUAUUUAUAAAAGAAUGUUUGAGAGUGAAAACAAAGUCCUGACCAAAGAAGGCGUUAUCCAUUUUUUGGAGCUGUUUGAAAUGAAGCCUCUUCCGUUUUCCCCAGAGCUUUCUGAGUUUAUUAUUGGCCCCCUAAUGGAUGCACUUUCAGAGAGUUCUCUGUAUGGCAGGUCCCCAAGCCAGCUGGUAGGAAGUGGUUCUCCAUUGGGAUUAAAGUUGCAGACGUUUUUAGUCACUUAUGUUUCUCUUCUUCCUGAAGAUACAAAGAGGAGCUUCCUCCUGAAGUUUCUUCAGCGGAUGACAGAUAGACACUGGUGUGCUGUGCCUAUUUUUUUUCUGUCUAAGGCAUUGGCAAGCGUCCCUAGAUGGAAGGCCCUGGGCAUCGAAGGGCUCCUGGCCCUCAGGGACGUUAUGCAGUGUACCAUGAUCACGCAUCAGACUCUGCUGAGAGGAGCUGCGCAGUGCUAUCUUCUUCAGACUGCUAUGAAUUUGCUGGAUGUGGAGAAAGUGUCACUCUCUGAGGUCUCCACUUUUCUUGUGUCUCUAAGACAAGAGGAGUCUUUGGGACGAGGAACCACGCUGUGGGCAGAGCUCUGUGAGUGGUUGUGUGCUAAUGAGCAUUGCUUUAGGCAGUCCUCAGCUGGCUCCGAUGAACUCCACGAGACAUCUUUAAAUGAAUUUGUGAAGAGCCUUGUUCAUGAGUAUGUCAAGUCACCUGCUUGGGAGACUGAAGAAAGCUGCUAUGUGAUGCCUGACUGGUCAGAAGCCAGGCUGACAGCCCUGAUGGUCUUGUUGGCUAUAGAUGUGGAGGGCCUGAGGACAUCCUUCAGUGAAAAGCGGAGGACCCAGAAUGUGUUGAGGAUAUUCUUAGACCCCCUGCUGGACGCCCUGGGGAAGCUUGGUACCAAUGCCUACAUGCCCUUGCUCAGGGCAGACCGAUGCCUCCAGCUGCUGUUGACACUAUUGCACACUUGCACCAUGAGAGGUCCCACUUCCCAGGAUGACGAGGUGCCUACCCUUCUGGAGAACUUCAUCCUGCCCGCCACAGAGAGUGUGGCCCAGUUCAUUCUCAGGAGACUCACUGUGGAUGAGCUGUGGAGUCUUGCAGAUCUGGACCGCUGCCAGCUAUACCUGCAAGUGUUCACCCGGCUCGCCACCCUCCAUGCGAAGGUGGGGUGGAAAAGGGGCAAUCCCGUCUGCAGAAUUGUUCCUCCUCUGGAGAACGCUUGCAUUCGCCAUCUUCAGGAGAUGGACAGUGGACAGGAGCCCAUGCUCGCUCGUCAGAUCCAGAGAGCGGUGAGCAUGGCUGCCCUGGCCGCUGUCUGUAAGGCUGCUAACCAGCAGCCUGCACUCCGGCCGGAGUCCCUCGGUGCUGGGCCUGUGGACAGGUUCCUUUCUGCUCUUCCGCUUAACCAGACACUGCAAAAGCCCUGCGUGGAGGAGCAGAGCAGCACGUGCUCCCUAGGAGGCGGCAGUUAUUCUGAGGAAUUCCCUUUAUCAUCACAAGGAUGGGGGAAGAUAGUCGCACAGUUUAUCCAUGACCAGUGGGUCUGCCUCUCCUUCCUGCUCAAGAAUCACCACACCCUCAUACCUGCCUCAGAAUGCGAUGUCCCAGAGCCCUCUCUCCCCGCUGUCCAGAUGCCAGCUGGGACGCUGCGGGCCGCACUGGAUGCGCUGGCGGUCCUGCCUGCUGACCGAGUCUUGCCUGUGUUCUCCUGUAUGAAGAUGUUAGUUCCCAGGCUCCUGACCUCCUCUGAAGCGCUCUGCGCAGAGUCCUUCGACGUGGCUUGGAAGGUUACGUCAUCUUCAAGCAACACUCAGCUGACCUUCUGGCCUAACUUGAAAGCUUUUGUUCAGUUCGUGUUUGAUGACAAAGUUCUUACUGCUGCUGCGAAAGUCAAGGGCCGGGCUUACUUGAGAGUAAAGGAGAUCAUGCACAAGGUCAUUGAAAUGUCAGCUGUGAAAACAGGCGUUUUCAACGUGCUGAUAACUCAUUGCUGCCGUUCUUGGGCUCUGUCGGCUGCCAGUGCGUCCCGGGGAUCUCUGUCGGUGGCCAAAAGUUACUGCGAGCUUGUCCUGGAGGCUUGCGUGUUUGGACCUGUGUUCCGCCGAGAUCAAAGACUUAUUCAGGAUGUCCAGACAUUCAUAGAAAGCCUGGGACCGGCCUGUGCGGCCAAUGUCGUCAUGGAAAGCACCAGAAGAGAAGACUGUUAUGUGAGAAUUUGUGUUGUCAAAUUCUUAUGUUUAUUGGAUGGCUCCAACAUUUCCCACAGGUCAUUUAUGGAAGAGCUUGUAAUCAAGUUAUUGGAUAAAGAUGAGCUGGUGUCCACGUCCAGAACUCGGUACUAUGAGAACUCAUUGCAGCACCGGGUGAAGAACCGCAUAUGGCAGACGCUGCUUGUCCUUCUCCCCAGACUGGACCAGAACUUCUUGAGUGGAAUUAUUGACAAGAUUUUCCAGGCUGGCUUCACCAACAAUCAGGCUUCCAUAAAAUACUCUGUGGAAUGGGUUAUCAUAUUGCUGCUCCAUACAUUCCCUCAGUUUCUUCAAAAGUUCUGGGAUUGCUUUUCAUCUGGUGAAGAAAAACUGAAAACAAGCGUUUGUACAUUUUUAUCUGUCCUGUCACAUUUGGGCAUCAUCAUUCAGAAUAUUCCAGAAAAGAAGCCCGCGCUGCGGCAGGCCCUUGCCAUCGCCCUGCAGUGGUGUCUCAGCCACAACUUUAGCAUCCGGCUGUAUGCACUGGUCGCCCUCAAGAAAGUCUGGCAGCUGUGUCGAGCGAUGGGUGUGGAGGAGUGUGCCGCGUGGACCUCGGUGAUCGAGUGCAGCCUCAGCCAGGCAGAAAGCUUGCAUGCUGCAGGGAAUGCCAGGAGAAACUGGCAGCGCAUCCAGGAGCACUUCUUCUUUGCACGGUUCCACCCGCUGGAGGACUAUUGCCUGGAGACCAUAUUUUACACCCUCCCGCGGCUGUCGGGCAUGGUGGAGGAGGAGUGGCUAUCCCUUGGCAAAUUUUGUAGCUUCCCAGACGUGCCAUCUGAUGCAGGCUCCCAGUGGUACCUCUCCCGGACUCUGCUCCAGGAUCUAAGUCCAGGAGACUGCUCUCAGCAGGAUACAGGCUCUCCAGCUGGUGAGGACAGCCAGGUGGAGGGGACCAAUGUGCAGAAGAAGAUCAUCCCAUGGAGACUGAGCGCCCUGGAUGCAGAGCUGGAAGUUGAGGCCCAGGACCGAGCUGCCCGGCUUGGGAAGGCUGUGGGUAGACUGAUUGUGGUGGCCUCUCUCAUUGACAAGCCCACCAACUUAGGAGGGUUGUGCCGGACCUGCGAGGUGUUCGGGGCUGCGGCGCUAGUGGUGGGCAGCCUCCAGUGUGUCCACGACAAACAGUUUCAACACCUCAGCGUAUCAGCAGAACAGUGGCUUCCUCUCCUGGAGGUGAAGCCAGCACAGCUGGUUGAUUAUCUGCAGCAGAAAAAGUCAGAAGGCUACACCAUCAUCGGAGCGGAGCAGACGGCCCAAAGCUCAGGCCUCGACCAGUACUACUUCCCCGAGAAGUCGGUGCUCCUAUUAGGAAAUGAACGGGAAGGGAUCCCGGCUAGGCUGAUCCAGCAGCUGGACGUGUGUGUGGAGAUCCCGCAGCAGGGUGUGGUCCGGUCCCUGAACGUGCACGUGAGCGCGGCGCUGCUGAUCUGGGAGUACACGCGGCAGUGGGCAAGGCAGGCUGGGCAUGCCCCUCCCACCCCAGAGCAGAGCGCCAGCUGAGACCGGACUCAGUCUGAGGACAGAAUACCAAAGCCUUUCUCGUGCCUUAUUUACCUGUGCAAGUCACCCUUUUGGGUGUCAGUCCUGGGGCCAAACUCAGGGCCUGGGCACUGUCCCUGAGCUUUUCUGCUCAAGACUAGAGCUC